UGUGGACCCUCCUCUCUCUGCCUUCCCUUCCAGGGCACCAAGCUGGAGCUGCCUCUGUGGCUGGCCAAAGGCCUCUACGACAGCAAGCAGCGGGUCCUUUCUGUGGAGCUGCCCGCCGUCUACAAGGGCAGCUGGCGCACCGUCUUCAGCGCAGACGCCAACGUGGUCGACCUCCACAAACUGGGGCCUUACUACUAUGGGUUUGGCUCCCAGAUGCUGCACUUCGACGGCCCCGAAAACGCCCAGCUGGCUCAGACCGUAUUGCAGACAUUCAUUGGCCGUUUCCGUCGCAUCAUGGACUCUUCCCAGAACGCUUUCAACGAAGACACGUCUGCCUUAGUGGCCCGGCUGGAUGAGUUGGAGCGCGGCUUAUUUCAAUCCGGCCAGAAAGGACUCAAUGACUUCCAGGGCUGGGAAAUGGGGCAUGCCUCUCAAAUCACAGCCUCCAGCCUGGUCCAGAACUACAGGAAGAGGAAGUUUAGUGAUUUGGACAGCUGAGGGGCCUCCGUGGGAGACACUUGCUGGGGCUGGAAGAGACAAAGAAGGACGCUCAUAGAAACACACCAUGUGGGCCGUGGGCACUCUCUCCUCACCUGAAGAUGUUGUGCCAGACAUUUCUGUUUUGCAGCUGAGUGGAAACAAAACAUCAGGCACAAAUAUUCCAGGAGAGGAAGGAACAGUUUAAUAUCUCCAGUCCCACCCAGACACUGCUUCCAGGCAAAUGAGUUUGCUUCUGGAAAUCUUCUUUGUUAGAUAGCUGGAAUGCUGGUAUAUUGUAUAGCCUUUCUAAGUUUUCUCUUUUGUCACAGAGAGAGAACACAUAGCCCUCCGGAUGUUGUUGGACUGCAGUUCUUGUCAUCCUUGACCAUUGGCUAUAUUGGCUGGGGCUGAUGGGAGUCAGAAUCCAACAGCAUUUGGAGGAUCACUUGUUGGUCAUCCUGUCAUGGAUAUUUGAUUUCAUUUGCUAGGAAAGUAGCCUGUCCUGGGCAGGAAAAGUAGUGUAGAUAUUUGAACAUGCCCCUCCAUGCUUGUGAGUGAUGUCUGUCAAAAGCCCAUCUCAGCCAAGCCCCUGUCCCAGUCCAAGCGGUGCUUUGCUGGUCUAGUUUCCCCCAGGGAAGGGUCUUUUGGUGAAGGCUCCCUGACCGCUCCCAGAGCUGAUGGAGCUGUUUCUGCUGGAAUGCAUUUGGAAAAGCCAUCCAUUUAAAGUGGCUGAGCUUGCUGUAUGCAUGGCCUUCUGCAUUCCCAUGGGCUGUUGCAGAGUUUUAAUCCCUGGUCCAUGAUCCAUAGAGUCACUUCAAAUGAAUUCUCUGCUGCUCAGGCUAUAUCUGUAAUUUAAUUAGGAUUACGUGGUAAAGAGAGCCUUUUAAAGCAAACACAGACUUCACUGCCUCUGUCUGUGAAGGCCGAAUCUCUGAAAUCUGUGGUCUGUAGCUGUGUGCAUCUGCAGAUUUCCUAGUUACGCCGACAGAGGCGUCCCGUCGUGGUUCCAUCCAUGGGGCUGCAUGAGGCCAGAUGGUUCCUCAUGUAAUCCUAAUUGAGUGUUUGGACUAAACUGGAUGGGGUUAAACCUCCUGCCGUUGAUCUUCCAAUUUGUGGCUUCAUCUGCUUCAGAAUUUGUGCUCCCUGCAUCUAUGAGUGAUCUAAUGGAUUCGUUUUUUUCAUUUGAUUCCUGCCUUUUCCACCCUCUGACUCUUAGUACUGCUUGUUUGCUAUGGGAAAGCCUGAUUUUCAAUACUUGGUACCUUCCCUCAUCGUCUUUCCCAAUCUUUGUCGUGGAUGAAGCCCCUUUCUGGGCGCACCCAUCCAAAAGAGGGGCCCUUGGUGACCUUCCAGCUGAAUCCUUUUGGGUGAAACUCUUGUGUUUUGAAGCGGUGUCAUGUUGUCUCUGCUGCACACUCCUUUUGUUCAGGCUGUUCCCUCAGAUUGUGGGUUGAGAGACUCUCGACUGAGCCAUCUGUUACUCAUUUUCUCAAAGCCUGUCUGCAGAGAUCCUGAGAUUAAUAUGGAAAAAUCAGUUGGGAAUGGCAAAAACAUAAAAUGUCAAAACCUCUGCUGAGAAAUUAGAGACUCAGCGUUCCCCAGGGAGAAAAUGUCGCACCCUGAUUUCACCACUAAAGCCUUGGCUAUUUUUUAAAAACAA